UAAGCUAGCAAGUAUCCGGCCACGAGAUGGCGCUACAUUCACAACAAAUCCCAAGCAACGAUUUUCUGCUCCAUCACAUACGCGCGAAAUCCUCUUUAUUCUCCAAGUUUGUGAUUCUCCUUGACAACACGAACGUUUGUUUUCUGCCUCCUUAGAAACCGAUGAUGGUAUUUAUGAUACUGAUGAUCUCUUAAGCCAGUCUCACAACCUACAUAAUAGCAAAGUUAAACCACGCGUCUGAACUGAAUGUUUUGCUGUUUUAAAGCCUGGAGUACUGUUGCGUUCCUGUGGAUGUAACGGGAGUUUCGAACGCUCUCAGUGAACUGCUCAGCUGUAUUUAGGGAAAUCCACGCGUCCAUGGAGGCGGCGCUUACUGGAGUUCACUAAACAGCUAGACAGUUUCAGACCAGAGCAGUCAGUCUACCUUUGACUCAGCGUUAAACAGUUGAUUUCGAUACGAGGAAGUUAAUCUACUAUGGGUCGUUUUCUGAAUCGUUCCGUCCAGUGAUUUCCAUCCUGGCUGCCAUAUGAAAACUCUUCAUCGACAGACUGUAGCGUUACCGCAGUGCUUCUCCUGUAUUGGUUUUAAAGUUCUUCUGGACAACCUCAGUCCUUCCAGAGAUGCUGAACCAAAUCACAUACAUUGAGAAGGACUUCCAAGCACCAGAUUAAAAAAAAAAACUGCAGCCAUCUCCCUGUCUUCAUCUACCUCUGCCUUCAAACAUCCAAAGUCCAGUCUCAAAAGAAUAUGGCGUUUUUAAUGAAAAAGAAGAAGUUCAAGUUUCAGAUGCACUUCACCCUGGAGGAGCUCACGGCUGUGCCGUUUGUGAAUGGGAUGCUCUUCUGCAAAAUCAGGCUGUUGGAUGGUGGAGACUUUUCCAUUUCUUCAUCCAGGCAGGAGGUUCAGGAGAACUGUGUUCGCUGGCGAAAGAAGUACUCCUUUGUGUGUAAGAUGAGUGCCAGUCCUGCCACGGGGGUCCUGGACCCCUGCAUUUGCCGAGUGUCUGUGCGUAAGGAACUUAAAGGUGGAAAGACUUUUUCAAAGCUGGGCUUUGCUGACCUCAACUUGGCGGAGUUUGCUGGUUCAGGCUCCGCUGUUCGCUGCUGUAUACUAGAGGGCUACGACACCAAGAACACUCGGCAGGACAACUCUAUACUUAAAGUUACCAUUGGCAUGACUCUUCUCUCUGGAGAUCCCUGCUUUAAAACGCCUGUGAGCACAGCUAAGACCAUUGCCAUGGCUGGGCAGGACCCCUCUCUGCAGCUGGACCGCAAGGGAGAGGGCACCGCUGACCACUUUUCACCAGCCCUCGGUGGCAGCACUCGCCGAUCGGUCAAAAGCAGACCCACUGUGAACAACUCUGGAGGACUUCAGGAGGGAUUGGAGGAGAACCUGUCCAGUCCAGAUGAAGUGUUUCACACGGGACAUUCUCGCAACUCCAGUUUUGCCAGCCAACAGAGCAAAAUCUCAGGUGGGACUCAGGGCAUGAUCAAAAGAGCAUCAGGCUACAGUACAGAGCACUCUCACUCCUCCAGCCUGACAGAUCUGUCCCAGCACCGGCGGAACACCUCCACCAGCAGCAGCAACACAUCAGGAGGAACAUCUACAACUAUCGAGAGCCCUGUAGAUCCGGAGAAAGAAGUGGUAAAACCAGAGAGACCCCCACGUCCCCCAAGACCUGCUCUGCCCCCAAAUAGACCCUCAAGGAGAAAGAAGGACUCUGUGGAGAACCAUCCCACAUGGGUGGACGACACACGCAUUGAUGCAGAUGAUAUUGUGGAGAAGAUUGUGCAGAGUCAGAACUUUGCGGAUGUCAGCAACAAUGAAGACAGCAAUUUAACACUGUUCGUCAGCAGGGAUGGUACCACAGCAUUAAGUGGCAUACAGCUUGUCAACAGGGUGUCUGCGGGUGUUUUUGAACCGGUGGUGAUUGAGAGCCAUUAGAUCUCUGAGGCCACAGCAGUCACUCUCUCACACAGCCACUGCCUUUUUUCUUAUUUUUAAAUGAUGGAGAGAGCGAGACAGGGACUGUUUGUCAGAGUGGGCACCUGACUUCACAACUUGCUCCUCUUAUGGGUCUGAUUUAUUACUUGCCUAUUACAACCGUAACACCCUAAUCAUGCAUUACAUUUGCUGAAAAAACAGCAGUGGGUACGUUCAUUGUUCUAUGAUUAAGAAUGAAAUAAUCAUAAAUAUUUUACAACGGAUUACAAACUACUUGAAAUGCCUUAAGAAAUGAGGCAAGAUGGGAGCUUCGGUCUAACACUGUGAAAUAUGAGGGCAGUCCAAAGGUUU